GAGGGAUGCUGCUCCGGCAGCUGCUGGGGCUGCUCCGCUGCUGCUGGCCCUCCCUGCUGCUGCACUGUGCCCUCCACCCGCUCUGGGGGUCCCUCCAGAUCACUCAGGGUGAACCCCAGAAAUCAUGCUCCAAGCCUGUAGCAGAGAAAUUUACAGAGACCUGCCAGGAAAUUUGCCAGUGCAGGCCACCUCCUCUGUUACCACCGCCUCCUCCGCCUCCGCCGCCCCCGAGGUUGCUGGCGGUGCCAACUCCCAAGUCUACCUUUUGUCCCACUGAAGAGACCUGGUGGCCAGGCCUGAUUAUUAUCAUUGCAGUAUGCUGUGCCACACUAGUGUUCCUCUUUGUAGUUGUCAUCAUUUGCUACAAAGCCAUAAAAAGGAAACCAAUGAGAAAAGAAGAGAACGGAACCAGUCGGUCGGAAUAUGCAAUGACCUCCUCCCAGAACAACAAAACAGUUGAUAACAAUGCGGUCGUAUAAUCCCCGGGAGCCCGCCAAGCGCAGGAGGUGGCAAACUUUCAAAGCACACACACAGAGUAUGCAAGGUGGGUGAAAUGAGGCAACCAAGGGAGCUCUGUGGCCAAGGACUUCAUUUCAGAAACAGCGCACGCAUCAGUGAUCCAGAAGAGAAAACCAGGCUGCUCUCCAGGCUUGCUGCUGCUCCAGGGGAGGAUCAGCUCACCCACCUGGGCUGCCCAGAGGAAAGGCCUCGCAAAGGCAUAAGCACUGCAUGCUGCAUCCCAUGAAAGCCAUGUUGCCAUGCCUCCCACUCCUUCUUCUUCCUCUCUUCCCCUACUUUUGUGUUUGAACUGAGUGUCACAAAAAGCUUCUGGAGCAGGAUCUUUUGAGGAGAGGGUGAUCUGCCAGAGUGGCAGUAGUUUAUCACAGAUGGGUCAGAGGGAGGUAUCUCCCUCUAAAUGGGAGGUGUCUCCCUCUACAUGGAGAGAUGUGUCACCUAUGUGCUUCUCCAGCCUGUGCAGCUUCAUACGCUGAUGCUUCAUUCCCUUCAUUCUUACUAUUUUGUUAUUACAAAGGGAACAAAGGUUUCUGUUAAACAAUCAAGCAAAAUUGCCCUGAACUUGUGACUUAUCCCACGAAAUUUAUCUGUGGUCUGGUGACUAUGCAGCUUUCAUGGCUGAAGUUUUCAGGCAGAAGAAAUUAAAAUGUAAGAUUUUAGCAAUUAGCAUUGCUAUUGAAAGAGAAGUGCUUUAAACAUUAUGACUUCAUAAUUAGCCUCCUUUUUUGCGCCACACUUUUAUUUUAUCUUUAAAAGUGUUCCUUUGUGAAACGCCUUGUUUCUUUGUGUUCACGCUGAAUCCCCAGGGAAACUCCUACAGGAAAGAUACUGUUUACAUCUUGGUGUGAGUGUUGGGGCAGGAUUGUGCUGAAAGGACUAGAAGCCCUUUGAAAUUCUCUUCUUUCACUGGUUAGUGUUGUUCCCUCAAAGUGUUGAGUCUCCUGAACUGAUGCCCUGAGGACAUUGCAGGUCUGGCUUGUAGGACCACUUUUGAGGGUCUGGUAGCUGGUUGUGCCCACAUUACCUCAGUCUCUGCCUCUCCCGAGCUCAGGCUGAGAGUGGAGCCAAGUUCAGCAUACAGUUCAGUAUACUUUCCAUUACAUGAUUUGAAGAUUAUUUAAAGAAAAGCUGAAUCUACCCAAAUACAUUUCACAUAGAAUCUCAGGUCAGACUCAGCAAGUAGCCCUUAGGAUAAAGGUGAUGAGACUAGUUGAGAUGCUGGUCUUUCCCUACCUCCUGAACACGUUCCUUUGUGUCAUAUCUCCACCUGUAUGUCUCCAUUUACCUCUGUGCUGAAAGUAGUGAUGCAGUCAAAGACAAAUUUACACCCUGGCAUCUUGUCUGGACAUAAAACUUUGGUACCACUCGGUCUCUGUGUCUGUGGGUAACUCCCAGGCACGGAUGCAGUCUCACUCUGGGACCUGGCUGCCCCAGCUGUGUUGUCCCUCAGUACUGCAACACACCAAUACUUUCAGUUUUAUACAAGGAUGUGCCUGAACUGCAGAAAUCAGACCUGGAUUUGGAGCGCAUUCCGGCCCGUGGGUAAUGUGUCCCUGGGAUGCAGACUUUGGUGUUAUGGUAGAGGAAGACAAUGUUCUGCAGAUCUUCCCCAAAAAAGCUCUGGAAUGUUCAAAUCAGCAGUCUCAGCUCAGGCCCAUCUGCAGUUUUCUAUUACCUGUCAAACAAGAGGGUGUAUGUAAAUACAAGUACCUUUUCAAUGAUAAAAUGAAAUGCUGCUAUAUAUUGCUCUUGAGAAAUUUAUGUAGUUAUUCUUUUAGCUUUUUAGUCUGUCAUCACUAUGUAGAAGUUUAACUGCAUAAAAUUAUUUUUUAAAGUUAGACUUUCUUGGGAAGUGAAUGCAAUUGCAAAUGUGAAAGGAGGCAAGUAACCACAAGUAUGAUCAUUCCCAGCCACAUUAAUGUUGUGUGCUUGUGCAAGACACAGUGAUAUAUCCUUAGAUCCAAAGUGGGAUUAAAAUUAAACAAUUUACAAUUUGAGUCUAGUAUCCCAAAUGUCGAUUGCCUAAAGCACUUAGCCCCUAAAUACUAUAAUAAAAAUAUUGCAAGUAUAUUUCUAGAAUAUUUUUAAGCUAUAACAUUUAUUUUGGUGUAGUUACCUAUGUUUGCCUUUCUUUUUUUACUCCAGUUGUUUCAGCCUAAAUGUAGAAAUGUGGCAUAGUUUGAGACUGGUUGCAUGUUUAUCUGAGAGUAUAAAGUAUGAAUGCAGAUAAGUUGAGCAUAAUAUGGGCUCAGGAUUAGCACUUUCUCCUAAAGGUUUUUGAUUUUAUUUGUUUCCUAAUACAGCUUUAAAGGCAUGUUCUGUAAGGUCAAAAUCACAAAAAGGAUUUGUAGGUAAUUAUGUCCAUCAAAAUAUGUCUGUUUUUGCAAAAAAAGAGUAAAAAGAGAUGGUCACUAAACUGAUUUUCAGUGGUAUCAGUGAUAAAAUGUCCUCACUAGAGAAGACCCUGAUGAUGACAUAACCCACAAGCAAACCCAGCCUAGGGCCCAUGAAAACUCUUCAGGAAAACAUAACCUUUAAAAACUUCCUGGAGAGUGAAGAGGCAGGGCAUUGCAAGGCACAGCACAUGCUGCCUAGGAUCUAUUUCCAACUCUGCCACUGAUCUGCUAUUUACUAGCAAGUGAUUUUGCCUCUCUGUGCCUCAGUUUACCCAUCUGUAUAAUCACAAUAAAAGUAGGUACCAGCUCUGCAGCAGCAUUUUGAGAGAAAUACACAGCUAGCAGCUUAUUUGCUAGGUGGAUGUACAGUAUCAAUAUAUGCAACAUGCUGAUAAAUGUCUCGGGCGCAUAAUUGCCAUAAUAGUUCCUGAGCAAGCAUUCCUCAUGUGCUUUUAUAGUGCAUAAAAGAAAAGCAGCAGCAGACGGGCUGAGAGCUGCUCUUGUGCUUGCCCAGACCCUUUGCUCUCAGCCCUCACGUGGCAGCAUGGCGGGAGAGGUGGGAGAUCCUGCAUGGGGCAGCUUUGCCUUCAGAUUCCUGCCCAGGUACAGUUGGGCACAUUGCACCAAAGGGAUCUUGAGAAAGGUGCUGGGAAAAGUGUACUGGAAUCAGACACGACUCUUCAGAAAAGGGAGGCUGGACAGGGGAUGUCACUGAGGAGUGAUUUCUGAGGCUUGCUGCUGGGGUUUAAGGUUGUGUUUAAUACUCCACAGACUACUUACAAAGCUUAUGUAAGAGAGGCUUCUGUGCUUCCUUACUGUACUAUAAUUAAAUGCAAAGAGAAAGGCCAGAUCCAUAAGCACUUCACUAAGCAGUGAUCCCGCAUCUGGGGAACUGGCAACCCAAAAUGCAGCUUUACAAGCAUUUUGAGUUCCCUUUUAGCCACUAAAAUAUCAGGGGUAGAAAGGACCUGCUUAGCUCCAUUGACAAAAUAGUCACAUCCCCAGCAGAUGUGAAGGUGGCCAGUUCCUACACAGAAGGUACUUGCUGUGCUCUGCCCACCACCAAAGUCAGCAAACUGCUGCCCCCAGUCUGAGGGAGAGCAGCAGCUCCAAAUCUCUUCUCAAGGAUCACCACUGGCAGGGAAUGCACCUCAAGGGCCUGAGCUGCCAAGGGUUGAGCUUCCUCAUUCCUCACAAGACAGGAAGGUGGAGCUGAAGCCCCAGCCCUGCUGCCCUUCCUGUCCCACACCUGACACAGUGGUGUGCCCAGGGAAGCAUUUCUGCCUUGGACAGAUGCUGCAAAAACAGACAUGGAAAGGAAGGGGAAAGUUCUACAAAGUAUAAAAUAUAAAUAUAUUGAUAUAUAUCUAUACAGAGACCUGGUUGUCCACUCUUGCAUACUACAUGGUCACAGCACCUGGAGAAAGUGGGGACACCCUCCUCCAACCCAGUCAUGACCAUUGAAGCUGCCAAGCAAUGGAGAAUCAGGCCUAUGGUAGAUAUGUAUUUACUAUACUCCCUGCACCUGUACAAACAAAAAUAUAUUAUUUUAAACUGCAAAAUAGUGUGUUUAAAUCAAUGCAUGAAUGUAAAUAUUCUAAGAUCUGCCUUCUUGACUGUGUACCACAUGUACAGAUGAAAACGAAUAUUGUUUAUAGGAAAUCUGUAUCAGUGGUUAAAUGACUAAAGAGAAAAAAAUAUCAAA